AUGCUGCUGACGCCGUUUGAUGUUUGUCCUCCAGUCGCCCAUGUUUGACGGGAAGGUCCCCCACUGGCACCACUUCUCCUGCUUCUGGCUGCGAGCGGCGGCAAAGUCACCGGCUGACAUCGCCGGCUUUUCCGACCUGCGCUGGGAGGACCAGGAAAAGGUGAAGAAGGCCAUCGAGAGCGGCGGAGCAGUCGGGAUAGCAAAAGGUGGUCAGAAGAGUGCCGCCGCAGGAGAGAAGACGCUGAAUGAUUUUGCGGUGGAAUAUGCCAAAUCCAACCGCAGCACGUGCAAAGGCUGCGAGCAGAAAAUAGAAAAGGACCAGAUCCGGGUGUCCAAGAAGACUGUGGACCCAGAGAAGCCUCAGCUGGGCCUGAUCGACCGCUGGUACCACACGGCGUGCUUCGUGAGCCGCAGGGAGGAGCUGCUCUUUAAGCCUGAAUACAGCGCCGCCCAGCUGAAGGGCUUCAACGGGCUACGGGCAGAAGAUAAGGAGGAGCUGAAGAAGCGGCUGCCUGCUGUCAAAUCUGAAGGAAAGCGUAAAUCCGAUGAGGUGGACGGGGCGUCGAAGAAACAGAAGAAAGAGGAGGAGGAGGAGAGGAAGAAGCUGGAGGAGCAGCUGAAGAAUCAGAGCCAGCUGAUUUGGGGUAUCAAGGACAAGCUGAAGAAGCAUUGCUCAGUCAACGACAUGAAGGAGCUGCUGAUUGCAAACGGCCAGGAUGUUCCCUCCGGAGAGUCCAACGUGCUGGACAGCCUGGCUGACGGCAUGGCCUUUGGAGCUCUCGAACCCUGUAAGGAGUGCCAGGGCCAGCUGGUGUUUAAAGGAGACUCUUAUUACUGUCGUGGAGACAUUUCAGCCUGGACCAAGUGUGUGUACAAAACCAAGACUCCGGCACGAAAAGACUGGCUCAUCCCUAAGGAAUUCCAUGAAGUCCCUUUUCUAAAGAAGUUUAAGUUCAAGCGACAGGACAGGGUUUACUCCCAGGAGGCUCCCACUCCAACCCUGCAACCAGUGAAGGCGGAAUCCCAGGCGAGUGCUUCUAGUGCUCCCACUGAGCGCCCGCUAGAGGCAGCGCCAUCAGACAAACCUCUAACUGGUAUGAAGCUGCUGGCUAUUGGCAAAUUAUCCAAAAACAAAGAAGAUCUAAAAGCUGCAGUGGAAGAGAUGGGAGGCAAAAUAACAGGCACCGCCAGUAAGGCCUCUCUCUGCCUCAGCUCUAAGAAUGAAGUUGAGAAGAUGGGUAAGAAGAUGGAGGAAGUCAGAGAUGCAGGCGUGCGCGUGGUCUCUGAAGACUUCCUCACAGACAUCAAGUCAUCAGGCAAAGCUCUUCAGGAGCUGGUGUCUCUACACGCCAUCUCACCAUGGGGAGCGGAAAUUAAAGUUGAACCUCAGGCUCCAGCUGUGGCCUCCAAAUCUGGAGCCCUGGCUGCUAAGAGUACCGGCAGGGUAAAGGAGGAGGAAGGUGGGAGCAAAGCCAAGAAGAUGAAGCUCACAGUCAAAGGUGGAGCUGCCGUGGAUCCAGACUCCGGCCUUGAAAACAGUGCCCAUGUCUUGGAGCAGAGCGGGAAGAUAUACAGUGCUACUUUGGGUCUUGUUGACAUCGCAAGAGGAACAAACUCCUAUUAUAAGCUGCAGCUGCUGGAGGAUGAUGUACACAAGAGGUACUGGGUUUUCAGGUCUUGGGGUAGAGUGGGCACCACCAUCGGAGGAAACAAGUUGGAGAAAUUCCACGACAAGAACUCUGCCAUGGAUAAUUUCCUCACUGUUUAUAAAGAAAAGACUGGAAACGAAUGGGGAACUACAAACUUCACUAAAUAUCCCAACAAGUUCUACCCUCUGGAAAUCGACUAUGGCCAGGAUGAGGAGGCGGUGAAACGGCUGACGGCCUCUGCUGGCACAAAGUCGAAGCUAGACAGACCCGUUCAGGAUCUGAUCAAGAUGAUCUUUGAUGUGGAGAGCAUGAAGAAGGCCAUGGUUGAGUUUGAGAUCGACCUCCAGAAAAUGCCUCUUGGCAAGCUGAGUAAGAGACAAAUCCAGAGUGCCUACGCUCUUCUGACUGAAGUACAGCAGGCGGUAUCAGAUAGUGUACCGGAGGCCCAGAUUCUGGAUCUGUCCAAUCGCUUCUACACCCUUAUUCCUCAUGACUUUGGCAUGAAGAAACCUCCUCUGCUCAACAACCUGGAUUACAUCCAGGCUAAAGUUGAGAUGUUGGACAACCUUUUGGAUAUCGAAGUGGCCUACAGCCUGCUGAGAGGAGGAGCUCAGGACAAUGAGCACGAUCCAAUCGACAUCAACUAUGAGAAGCUUAAAACUAAGAUUGAGGUUGUUGACAAAACCACAGAGGAGGCUGAAAUCAUCACGCAAUACGUUAAGAACACCCAUGCUGCUACUCACAACACCUACACUCUGGAAGUACAAGACAUUUUCAAAAUUGCACGAGAAGGAGAGCACCAACGCUACCGUCCAUUCGAGGAGCUACACAACCGGCAGUUACUGUGGCACGGCUCUCGCGCCACCAACUAUGCUGGUAUUCUGUCUCAGGGGCUCCGCAUUGCUCCUCCAGAGGCCCCCGUGACCGGCUACAUGUUCGGCAAAGGUGUGUACUUUGCUGACAUGGUGUCCAAGAGUGCAAACUAUUGCCACACCUCUCAGUCAGACCCUGUGGGUCUCAUUCUGCUGGCAGAGGUCGCUCUAGGCAACAUGCACGAGCUGAAGAAAGCCUCUCACAUCACCAAAUUACCAAAGGGAAAACACAGCGUUAAAGGCUUGGGUAGAACCGCUCCUGAUCCGAAUGCUUCCGUCACUUUGAAUGGGGUACAAGUACCUCUGGGUAAAGGAGUCAACACUAACAUUGAUGACACAAGUCUACUGUACAACGAGUACAUCGUAUAUGAUGUGGCUCAAAUAAACUUGAAGUAUCUCCUAAAGAUCAGGUUUAACUACCAGACGUCUCUGUGGUAAACAACAAAAAAGGACUGGAUCGGAACCCUUCAAGGAAAAUAAGUUGCAUCAGUCUUGACUUAAUUCUCUACAGCAAUGCCUAUGUGAUGCUGUUCUAUGCCCCCAUCGUGUCCAUGUGAAAUAGUUUCAUUUUCUUUGUUUUUCACCAGGAUCUGUAGCCAGCAACGUUUGUUAGAAUACAGUAGAUAAAAGCCACUGGGGCGUUCUCAUAACACUGGACAUCAAGAGUUAGUUCAUGAGCCGUGGACACAACAGUGAAGGAAGAAGUCUAAUUUCAGGAAUUAAUGGUCAUAAAGAGGAAUAUAACGAUGUUUAAUUAAGUGACUUGAUAAGACGCCUUGUUCACAUUUAAAACGUGCUCUGAACCCUGACCAGGACAUCUGCAUGCUUACCUGUUCUCAUGUUUUUUCUCUAACAUUACAAUCUGUUAAGCAUUUUGUAGACUGUUUAAAAGUUUGACAUGUAAAUAUUUGGUUAGUUUCUUUCUAUCUAAAUCCGUCUUCCCCUUUAAAGGUUCACUUUUUCCUGCUUAAACCUCAUUGCAAUAAAACAAGGUAC